AUGGUCGAUCCACCACAGCCACCGCCUCAGCAGCAAGCGAACAGCGUACAUAACCCCAUUCAAAGUUUCUCAGCCCAGCCGCCGGAGAGAAUCGACAUCCGGAAUCAAAUUGACAAGGCGAGAAUCUGGAAAGAUUGGAGUCAGCAAUACGAGUGGUUCGAGCUAGCAGCAGGAAUUAAACAGCUCCCGGCGGAAAGGCAGGUCGGCAUCCUCAUGAACAGUCUGGGACCGGAUGUAAUAGGAACGUUUACGGGAUUCCAACUGACGGAAGAGGAGAAAAAAGACCCGAAUGUGAUCAAGCGAAAGUUUGCCGAAGCGUUCAACCCUACUGCUAACCCUACGUACAGCACGUACAUAUUCCUGAAGACUGACCAAGGCCCGGAUGAAAGUUUUGACAGCUUUCUUAUUAAGCUGCGACAGGCUAUUGUGGUUUGUGAUUUCAAUACUCCACAGGAAGGUAUGUCUACGGAAGAUCGACUGCUAAAGGACAAAAUCGUGCUGGGAGUGCGCAGUCAAAAAGUUCGGGAGAAGCUCCUCAGUGACUCCAAGUUGACCCUUGAGAAAGCAAUUCAAAUCUGCAGAUCCAGUGAAAAGACGACGGAAACGUUGCACCAGAUCAGCUCUGACACGAAGAGUUGCGAUGCCAUCAAGGGAAGAGAAGCUGAUAAACCUUUCAACUGCCGUAGGUUUGGAACUAAGCACGGAAAGAAAAGUUGUCCUGCAUUCAAGAAAACCUGUCCUGUUUGCAACAAAACUGGACACUUGCCAGAAUGCUGCUUCAAGAAGAGCAAGGACCGGGAAUCGUCUAGCAGUAGCAGCAAGAAGAAUAAGGAGAAGAAAACAGCGUCUAUCGUACAGGAAACAGAAGAUUCGUCGGAAUAG